CGCACACAUCUUAAAUAUAUCUUCGCGCGAAUAUUUUAUUUAUAAAUUAACUUUUGAGUGCAUUUUUUUAAACAAAAAUCAUGGUAAAUACAAAAUGUACCCGGUUUUGGAUCAAAGAGCUAAGACUUGAGAACUGGAAGCUCAACCACCAAGAUGCAACUGUGUUUUGUAAAAGUCAGUGGUUCAAAGAUCAAACAAAAGCUUCAAAGUUGUACAUGAUAUAUAGGUGGCUUAUUGUUAUAUUCGUCUUUUUCGGAGGGAUUUUCUACGAUAUGAUAAAUGACAUCACAUACAAGCAAUGCAAAUUAUCGCAGCUUCACUGCAAAUUGAUAUGGCCAGUGUAUUUGACCAACUGGAACACCACUUUACUGUUUUUGCAGUCUACCUUGGCUGCUUUUCUUGUCACAAGGCAUUGCAUCUGCCCCAAGAAAUCAAGCAACACUAUGAGUGCCAUACACAAAGCAUACUGGACGCUUUAUAACAUGUCUAGUGGACUAGCGCCGAUUGUGACAUGCAUGUUCUGGAUUUUCGAAUACAAACCAGAAAUCCAUGAUUUGGACUAUGUGAAUUUGAGAGAGCAUGCGGUUUUCACCAUAAUCGUGCUAAUUGACGUCCUCGUGUGCGCGCAUCCAAUGCGGCUGCUGCAUCUGUACCAGGUAGGUGCCCUAGGGCUGGGCUACGUCACGUUUUCCUUAAUUUACUUCCUCUUUGGCGGCAUCAACCGUCAAGAUCAACCCUACAUUUACGACAUUCUUGAUUGGAAUCAUUUCUGGCAAGCAGCAUUUGUGGCGAUUGGGACUCUGGUUUUUGAGUGCUUCGUUUUCUUCACUUUGUGGACUGUUAAUUUGGCUAGACGGAAAAUGGCUAGUAAAUUCUCCUGCGUAGAAAAUGAGAAUGCGCAGGAAAAUAAAGUAUAAUUUACUGUGAAACUGCAGUGAAUAUAUAAUUUUGCUGCUUUCACGGCGAGAGCUAGAAAAUAUAAUUAUUAUUUACUCAUUGUACAUAUUAAAAUUUAUUUUUUAUUAAUUACACAUCUGUAUAAUUUUGUAGAAAAUAUUAUAAAUCAUUGUUGC